CAGAAGUAAUUGACGUUACGCAUUAGCAACGUGAUAUUGACCCCGGAAAAUUACACAAGCUGUUUUUUAAAACCAUUUAAGCAUGGAAAAUUAAUGGCUAGUGAUAGUCGAGGCUGUUUCGUUUGGCUCAUAAGUUUUAAGAAGUCUUGCAAUGAAAGGUUUGCAAGAUUUCGAAACCGCUUGCGCCAAAGAUAUUAUGCAAGAAGAGGCAAGAGUCUUGACCCAGAAACCCUGUUAAAUGAAACAGGAAAUGCCGAAAUGGUCGUCUGUAAGAUUGCCAACAAGUCAGACAAAAUUGUUCCUCAAAACCUGUCAUCUCACAAUGAUGAUGUUGUUGAUAAUGAAAAUUCAGCAGUGAUUGAGGUCACAGCAGACGACAAACUUGUUGAAGAGUACGUGACAUACAUCAUAGACAAGGCAGCCGACACUCUUAAGCAGGAGUUGCCUAGCAACACAAACACCGUAACAGUGAUGCCACACUAUGCACAUAAAGCGAUUUUGAAGUUAACCAUUUUUUCUGCCCAGGAACAAUGGCCUGGCAGCUGGACUCUAGCAUUGAUCCGUAUAUUUACUGGGCCUCCGUAA